AUGGCGGGUCUGAGAACUGCAGCCCUGCGGCCCGGAGUCCUCCUGCUCCUGCUGUCCAUCGUCCACCCCUCGCAGCCUGGAGGUUUAGGCCCUGGAAUCGGCGUGGCUCCCGGCGUGGCUCCCGGCGUGGCUCCUGGCAUUGGCCCCGGCAUUGGCAUUGGCCCUGGUGGUGUUACAGGAGUGGGGACCCCAGCUGCAGCCAAAGCCGCUGCUAAAGCGGCCGCCAAAGCCCAGUACCGGGCUGCAGCUGGGCUUCCUGCUGGUGUUCCUGGCUUUGGAGUUGGUGCCGGCGUUCCUGGCUUUGGAGUUGGUGCUGGGGUUCCUGGCUUUGGAGUUGGCGUUGGCGUUCCUGGCUUUGGGGCAGUGCCUGGAUCCCUGGCUGCCGCUAAAGCAGCCAAAUAUGGAGCUGCAGGGGUGGGGGCUCUUGGCGGAGUAGGUGUCCCAGGCGGUGUGGUAGGAGCCGGACCUGCUGCCUCAGCUGCUGCUGCCAAAGCCGCUGCCAAAGCUGCCCAGUUUGGCCUCGGGGGAGCCGGAGCCCUGGGAGUUGGGGGGCUCGGAGCCGGCGGAGCCAUCCCAGGGGUUGGGGGCUUUGGAGGUGUGUCCCCAGCUGCAGCUGCUAAAGCGGCCAAAUACGGAGUUGCGGCAAGACCGGGCUUUGGACUGUCUCCCAUUUACCCAGGCAAACCUCCCAAGCCCUUUGGAGGGGCCCUGGGAGCCCUAGGAUACCAAGGUGGGGCCUGCCUGGGGAAAUCCUGUGGCCGGAAGAGAAAGUGAGCUUCCCAGGACCGCUGACUCGCGACCUCAUCAACGUUGGUGCUACUGCUUGGUGGAGAAUGUAAACCCCUCGUGAUCCCUCCCCCACUCCCCUUCCCCAGUCCCCACCCCGGGAGGGGACAGGCCAGGCUGGGUGGCCUCGGGAAUCCGCAAAGCAAGGACACAAGAGUGGUGGCCAGGUGGGCCCCAGGAAGCCCCUUACUUCAGAGGCCAGGGGCGGGUGGGCUCGGCCCCCUGCCCCCACCCCCUUCCCACCCAGGAGCUCCCCCCUCCAUACGCUCUCCAUCUCCAGGGGAACUUGGUGCUACGUGCUGGUGCUCUCAUCUUCCUGGGGGGGGAGGGAGGAGGGAAGGGCAGCCCCUUGGGGACCCCCUCCCCGGGGCUCCUCUGAAGAUGGUGCAGACACUUCCUGGGCAGCCCCAUCUCCCCCUGCCCACCAGAACCUCUCCCCCCACCUCGGCUGCGGUCCAGUUGGUACCCAAGCACCAAAAGCCUCAAGCUGGAUUCGGUCAUACCACCUCUUGGCCCCCUCGUCUCCCACCUAUUCCCCAUGACUGGGACCCCUUCGGAUGGGAACACCCCGCCCCCGCCCCCCGCCAUCGGGAAUAGCCCUCUUGCUCUUGUGGAAACCAUCCACCCGUCUGUCCAUCCGUCCAUCCAUCCUUGUCCCCAGUUGAGCGCCCCGCACCACUAGCUGGCUGGGCGCCCCCACCGUCAACCUGGUUAACCUGUCCCGGCGGCCUGUGCCCUGCCUCCACCCCUCCACACCCCACCCCCCCCCCCUACGAUGGGGCCUGAGCACCCAGGGUGUGAGGAGCUGUGCCAGCUGGGGCAGCAGGAAUCUCCUCCCCAACCUGGGUCCCCCCCAUGCAGUACUGUAACCCCCAGCCCUCCCUGGAGCCACUGUAUUUCAGAGCAUUUCCCGCCCCUGCCCCGCCCAUCUCUUUGUGUCUCGCUGUGAUAGAUCAAUAAAUAUUUUAUUUUUUGUCCUGGA